GUAGUUGUAGUAAAGACUAAGCAGAGUUUGCGAAUAAAUGUUUGGGGUUUAAAUCAUUCGAAUGAUAGUUUCAGGGCAGCUUUUUUCAAGUAAAUGAAAUGCAUGUAUGACUAGAAAUGAAUGAAAUGCAAGAAAACAAGAUAAUUUCUCCAUCUGUAAAAGAGCUGCAGAAGAUUUUGUAUGGAGGUAAAAGAUUCGGGAACCAUGUGGAUGAAGUUUGGCCAAACUUGUAUAUUGGUGAUAUGUCAGUGGCCAAUGAUCGCUACAGUCUAUGGAAACUAGGUAUCACUCAUAUUGUGAACGCAGCUCAUGGGAGGCAGUAUUCUCAAGGAAGUCAUGAAUUUUAUGGAUCCACCGUAGAUUAUUAUGGAGUCCCUGCAGAUGACUCGCCAUCUUUUGACAUCUCUCGCUAUUUCUAUCCUUCUGCUGAGUACAUUCAGAGUGCACUUACCACAAAUGGUGCUCGAGUUUUAGUCCACUGUGCAGUUGGAGUGAGCAGGUCUGCCUCCCUUGUCCUGGCCUACCUGAUGAUCCACCACCACUACAGCUUACUACAGGCGAUCAAUAAAGUCAAAGAGUGCAGGUGGAUUUUCCCAAACAGCGGUUUUCUAAAACAGCUUCAUGCUUUGGAAAUUAAACUUUGCAAGACUUAACAAAACUAAUGCAUUUAUUGUCAAAAAUGAAUUGAUAGGAAUUUGAAUUCAUGCAUUUUAUUAAAUUGAAUGGCUUACUGUGUGCCUACCAGCUGAGGGAGACACUGUAUUUCACUUUCUUUCUGGUUCACUCUAUAAUGCUGUUUAAAGUCAAUUAAGCCUCCUCUAAAACCACAGGAGAUCAGGUUGCGGUCUCAGACUGCAUAAGAGACAAAAUGACAAAAAAAACUAAUAUCCUGAAUGCUGUGUGUCAAAUCCAUGUACAAGGUGUAUUCAGUUUAAAACACUACAAGACUUCUGUGACUUUUUUACACCUUUUAAAAUCUUCAGUGUAUUCAUUUUUUUAAUUAAUUCAUGCUGUUAGAUAUUUUGCUGGA